CCUUCACAUUACAGCAAUGAAGCUAAUUCAGCUGAUUUGCUUUGCUGGCUGCCUUGGAAUAGGAUGGGCUGUUCAACUGUCCAGUUUAGACAAAAUCUCACUAGAUUUCUUUCCAAAUGCGAGCGUGAUUUUAGCAGCAAGAAUGAGUUCAUCUUUCAUUGUUAAUAUUCCUAAGUGUAUUUCUUCCUCUCAAUUCACACCCACCACGAUUAGACCAGCAGUAGCGGCUGUUGGUGAUAAAGUUGCUUUGCCAGCUGUGACAGACACCGAUCAGAUCAAAUCCCUCUACUCUUCCUCUACUGCCCAAGUUUACUUUGCGGGAGAAUUCAAGAGUGUCUCAUGUAGAAUAGCCAGGGAUCUUGUGAGCAUGGACAUUGAUGAUGGGAACUACAAGCUGAUCACAGUCGUAGGCUACCAGGUGGGGGUAGAAGUCUGUGAAAAACCUAAAGGCCCCUUCUGCAAUCGAGCCCUUCAGCCAUCGUCGAUUUACAGGGUAAAUUUCUUUAUUUUGGAUGAAAAUGCGGUAAUAAGAGCUCACACAGGCUGGUCAGAUGCCAUACAAACAAACAAUGUGACAAGAUUCUCAGCAUAUGAUGGAUCAUUCUUAGGGCGGGCCGGAGGAAUGAUAGUGAUCACGGUACUGCUUUCUGUUGGUAUGUUCGUGCUGGUGGUUGGCUUAAUUGUGGCAGCAGCUCUUGGAGGAAAAAAAUCAUAAAUCAGGCAAGCCAAGAUUGCCUUCCAGAACAAAAACCACUACCGAUCUGAAUGAAUUGUUUUCCGGGAAUCAAGAAUAUCUACAAUAAUGAGUGCUGCAUUAAAGAGGGAACAUGAAGAAUUAGAAAUAGUAUAAAUCAGAAUUGAAGAUGUAUAAUGUAUCAAAUGAAAACUGUAAAUAGCCUGAUUUACAAUGUGACAAUUUUUAUAUCAAGAGCUAACAUUAGAGUUAGGCCCAAACAACUCUGAUGUUUGGUUCCAAGUUGGCUUGGGCCUUUCUCUAGCUAAGAUACUUUGGUGCCAUAAACAAAAAUCCAUCAUCAUUAACCUGAGACAUGCAGCUAGGGAGCUGUAUAUCACAAGUGCCACAGUGCAUGACUUUUAAUUCUAGGAGCAACAUUUCUGAGGGUGCUUGGGCAGGCUUUAUAUCUCAGUGUUUUAACACAUCUGCUGUGUUAGUGGUUGUAUGGUGUGCAAUGGUUGAUUAUGGGUGCACUGAGGGCUAUGGCUCAUUGUGUGUAGUGAAUUUCUAUUUACACCCAUGAAUCAGAGGCCACCAUCUUUGAGUCUGACAUUUCACGUUGGCUGGAGAGGAUGUAUGGUGCAUUGUGCUAACUGUCAUAGGAGUUGAUUUUAGAUGCCUGAUCCUUAGAGAUGUUGAGCAGCUAUAACUUCCAUUAACCCAAAUCCACAAGCUUCUAAUUGACAUCAAUGAGAGCUGCAGGUCCCUGGUGUCAUGACCCACAGGGUUCAAACCUAGGUCUUCAGAGGCCAUGGGAACAACCACACUCCAACUUGCCAGUCUGCUGACAAUGGCUUACCUGGGACCCAUGAAGUCCAGCCCGAGGGUUAGGCUCCGCCCUGAGGUCCAUUUGGCAGAGCCCUGAAGCAGCUGACUGGCCCUACUUAAGCCGGCAGCAGGAACAUUAAGUUGUCUGAACAACUGGGUUCCACUCUGCUUGGGACUGUGUGCCUCGUGGCAACAUGUCCUUGAUUUCUUGGCAUCUGACUUGUGGUUCUGGACCUUGUGGUUCUGGAGUUUGUUUUCUGCCUCUGACCUCCUGGUAUCCUGACCCAUCUUGACUCUGGUUCCUGACUUGUGGUUCUGACCCCCAGUCUAUCUCCUGCUUCUGACCUUCUGGUAUCCUGACCCAGCUGAUUCUUGACUCCUGUCUUGUGACUGGACUCUGGCUCCAACUGCUAGGUUUGACCUAGUUGUAACACCCAACACCUCUCAGGAUCAGGCCCUACUAUGGCAUUGUAGAUGUCCUGAUGAGUUUACAUGGUUUGCAUAUUGAUCCAUAGUGACAGUUAUUCUCCCGAAGGGUCUGUGCCCAGGGCCACUCUGAAAAUUUUCAUUUAUGCUAAAGAGACUUGUCAAGUAACCACUAAAACUGAUCUGAAAGAGCUUUUAUUGCUUUGAGCUGAGAGGCCUCAUCUCAGCUGUCAGAAUUUGCUUUGAUGUUUUGGCAACUGCACUCAGACCUCUGAAAGGGUCCAGCUGUGAGCCCUCGGAAGUGUAAAUAUUUUCAAUCAGUAUUUUCAGUAUAAAUAAUAAUACCAAUAACCAAAUUAAAUUCUUUAGGUUUGAGGCUCUGGGGUGGUUACAGAUAAAUUUAGUUUAGUCAAAGACUGUGAAUGACAUCAUAAGUGAUAGAAUUAAAGACUUCAUUUAAAACAGAAAUUUAAAAUAGAAUAGAUGGUUAAAGCAAACAGGAAGUAUGAUAAAACCAUACACUGCAUUUUUAUACUCGCAUUCCAAAAUGAAAUGGUGCAGCCAGGGGUGUCCAUUCCCUGAAUGAGAAGAAUGGGUAAAUAAUCCUUUUUUUAAUGGUAUCUUGAUGGUGGAUGAGCAUGCUAAUCUAAAAUUAAUGUGCUAUCCUUUAAAAAAAUAAUUUACAAUAAUACGCUUGAUUAAUUAGCAUUAAGCCUAUCUUUUACCAUAUCUAUAUUUCCGCUACCUUCAUUAAAAUACCUUCUACUCCCUCUUUGGCUAUUUAAUAUUAAACAUUUAACAUUAUCUUUAACAACUGUGUAAAUGCCAUUCCAAUAACUGUCAGUAUAGAUAGCAUCCAACCAGAACAUUUACAUAUGUCCAAAACUCUUGUUGGAACCAAACAAGUUUACAAAAUGGCCUGGGGUUAUGUCCUAAGUUAUCGCUAACUUGGCUAUGAGCUGUCUUUCUUCACCUCACCCACAAUUUACCACGCCCUUCCUAUUGUCAAAUCUAAACUUUGGCCCCAUUUACAUUUUAGCACAUUUCUAUUACAUUUUUAUGUAAUAUUAACAAACAUCACUUUUAUAGGCUACAGAGGACAGGUUCCCAAUCAUCAUCAUGUGGCAAAAGGAAAAAAAUACUGAAAUAAAAAUAGAUUGAGAACAUGGAGUCUGAGUUUAAUGGAGAUGCGAAUAUGGCAGACCCCUACAUAAUUAUAUAAAAGUACAACCUAUAACUAAGAGAGAGAGUGGGAAAUGAUAGAAAUACAUUGGGCCAAAUUCUACUCUCGGUCAAACCCAUUGACUUCAAUGGAUGCACAGGUGUAAGUGUGAGCAGAAUUUGGCUCUUUGGGCUGAAUCCAAAGCCCACUGAAGUCAAUAGGAAGCUUUCCAUAUGACUUCAGUGAGUUCUGGAUCAGGCCCUUUAUGUUUGGUAUCAUUGGGUACCAAGUCUUCAAGUCUUACAACUACGUAUAAAUGUAACUGUCAGUGAUUUUAUGAAGUAAUAACUGUGUCAAAAUGAAAUAAAUGACAAUCGGUGAUGAUUUAAAAGCAAUAAAAACAGUGGAAAUU